AUGAACCAGAAGGUGUUAGUUUUCCUCCUCCCAAAUUUUCUUUUUGGGAUACUUCUUUUUGGUUUUUUCUGUAAGAGGCAAAAAAACCUAACAGGUGCUUUCCCUGAUUCCACUGAAGAUUGGUUGUCAAUUCAAAGCGAUCGCAAGAGCACACUGGCUUCUGUUUGCCAGAAGAACAAACUUCUUAAAUUAAGAGGCAAACUGGAUUCUCGUGUGGCUAACCAGCUCUUUGUGGAGCUCAAACAUAAGUUUAUGUACUGUGAGGUACCCAAGGUAGGCUGCUCCAAUUGGAAGAGAAUUAUUUUUAUUCUCCAAUCAGACUUCAGUGCAGAAGCUUCUGAAAUUGAGCACGACCAUAUCCACCAAACCUCACUGAUCAAAAAGCUGGAGUCUUACUCUCCUGCCAUACAAAAGGAAUUUCUGGGCAAUUACACCAAAGUGAUGUUCACCAGACACCCCUUCGAGAGGCUGGUUUCAGCUUACAGGGACAAGCUCCUGCACUCUGAGCCUUACUACAGUGUUACUGUUGCUAAUGAGAUUAAGGCAAUGUUCAGGAAAACCAAAAAGUCUUCUGAAAAAGUGAGUUUCCAGGAAUUUGUCAGCUUCAUUCUAGCAAAACCACCAAAUAAUCUUGACAUUCACUGGAAACCAAUGUUUCUGCUCUGUGAUCCUUGCAACAUUCAAUAUGAUGUUCUGGGUAAAUAUGAAACUCUUGGGUUAGAUUCUGAGCAUGUUCUGAGGGUCAUUGGAGCACCAAAGAGCCUGCACUACCCCAGCUUGAAGAGGUAUGGGUCAGAGAAACGGACUAAUGGUGAUAUCACUUUGGAGUAUCUGAGACAAUUGAACUCGGAACAAAUUGAGAAGAUAAAAAAAUUGUACCAAAUGGAUUUUUUCUUGUUCAACUAUACUAUGAAUUAUGAAGAUUAUUUUUCCCUGAAUGGCUAA